GUCAGCACUGCAAAGCACCACGGGCCGUGGGAAACAUAAACAUCCCAGACGCAUUGGUCGAUCUUCGAGUGCACGUGGAGCUGAUAUUGCUAGGCGACGGACGAUGCACUCCCAAGUCCACUUCUGUAGCAGAAGCUGCUGGGUGUGAGUAUUGCUCGUUGGCAGUCAAGCCAAGCCCAUUCGGUGAUCUUGUCUACGGCACCUUUAUCCAGCCUGUAAGGCCCCCUUUGGUGCGAGGCUAAUCAAGUCUUAUAACUGACAUGUAAGAGAAGAUGGAACGGGGCUUUUCCUUGAACACGACCAUCAUGCCAUCUCGCUCAUUAUUAACCAUGUCUCGUCGACGUGAUCUCUGUUUGCCACAACAAUCCUCGGCCAACCCAUUUUUCUAAAGAUAACAAACUCAGUAAAAUCGGCGGUAUCUUUGUACUGGAAAACAUUGAGCCGAUGGUAUCAGCACUUGGUCAGCUUUGGUCAGCUUACCUUUAUCCCAGGGGGAUACACGGGCUGCUAUCGCAAGCUAAAACUUGGUCCUUGUACGUUAAAAGUCUUUUAGCUCUUGAAUCCCCUCCUCCCCCUUGUUAUACAGCGGCAGAGGACGCGUGUCGUACGGCCUUAGAACUUGACUUUGCCCUUUGAUGACUGUUGCCGUUAGCCAACGUAGCCAGCAGCCGCAACUUCAAGUCAUCUUGAACACGUGAUACUGAUAUCAUCGUCCAAUCCAAGGUACAAUCGGACGGUAGUCGAAGGAGUAUCGGUAGACUAGGGUGAUCUACCCCGCACAUAUAUAAGCAGCUUUCAAAUCACAUCCAAUAUCUCAUUCUCCAGCAAUCGCUAUCCAAUGACACUCAUCACUGCAAACCUCGGAGGCACCGCUUCCAACGUAGUGGUCAAUAAAGUCGGCCAUGGCUUGAUGUUCAUGACCUGGAAAGAAGUUCCCACUCCAGACGAGGAGUGCUUUGAGUCUAUCAAGGCAGGUGUCGAUGCCCUCCCACCCGGUGUGAAGAUGUUCCUCAAUGGCGGGGAAUUCUACGGACAUAACCGUUCUACUGCCAACCUUGAAAUGAUCUCACGAUUCUUCGAAAAGUAUCCGGACUAUGCUGAUAAGACCUUCCUCUCUAUAAAGGGCGGGGUUGGGCGUACUUCUUUGGUACCUGAUUCUUCUCCCGAGAACCUGAAAGCGAGUGUCGACACUAUCGUAGAAAAACUCCGUGGAAAGAAGCGUCUUGACCUUUUUGAGUGUGCUAGAGUUGAUCCCAAGGUCCCUGUCGAGGAUGCUAUCAAAGUACUCUCCGGUUAUGUAAAGGAGGGCAAAUUCGACCACAUCGGUAUGUCUGAGUGCAGUGCAGAGUCGCUGAGACGUGGUCAUGCUGUUCAUCCUAUUGCUGCUGUUGAAAUCGAAGUCAGCCCAUGGUCGUACGAGGAAGAGACCCAGAAAGUCAUCGCCACCUCAAAGGAACUGGGUAUUGCCGUCAUAGCCUAUUCGCCACUAGGAAGGGGUUUCCUCACUGGUCAGAUAAAGAGUUUAGACGAUAUUCCUGCGGAUGACAUGCGCCGCCAUUUGAGCCGCUUCAAACCAGAGAAUUUCAAUGUUAACUUCAAAAUCGUCGUUGCUUUGUCUGCCAUUGCCAAGAGAAAGAAUGUCAGCCCCGCACAACUCAGCGUCGCUUGGGUAGGUGCCCUUGGGAAGCAUGUCAUUCCCCUUCCGGGUUCAUCGCACGCUAAGCGCACUAUAGAAAACCUUGUUGGUGGAGAUGUGGAAUUGUCCGCAGAUGAUAUGAAAGAGAUCGAGCAUGUCAUGAAUACGCACGAAAUCAAAGGUGAUCGGUACUUCGGAGGAGGAGAAGCUUACCUCUGGGGUUAAAGGAUGAAUUAUCGUAAAUAUCCUGUGUAAAAUCAUGUUUUGUGUCCACAAUGAAGCAAUGAAGUGUUAGAGCAUGUUUGACUUGAAUAGAAUAUCGCUCUUAGGCA